ACCAACUUUGUUGUGAAUGGACAACAUGUAUAAUAAAAGUUUCAAACACUUUCUGAGGUUAUGAGUUAACGUACAUAUAAAUAUGAACCCAUUUCCAAAGUUAUUAGAAGGCAGUCUCAUCGACACAAAACAUGUAGAGUCCGCAGCGAUAUUUGUGGCGAGAACUGGCGACGUAAGGGCAGCGUCCAACUUUACAGUAUGUCCAGAACAAACUCGGACGUUUCUAGACGCAUUCAAGCAGGUGAAUGUAACGAGGCAGAGAGGACUCGACUUCAGGAGCAAACACUACACCUGUGUGCGUGCCGACAAACACUCCAUAUACACCAAAUGUGAAGGACAUGGCCUGAUAUUGGUGAGAACGGCACUGUAUGUGAUUGUUGCCACAUAUUCACAGAGCAUGUAUCCAAGUAUCUGUGUCGAAGCAGUUGAGAAACUAGCCGAGUAUCUGCGUGAAAAGGGAAACUGAAGCUCGUCGUGUAAGACCAGAAGAGGUGAAGAAUCUAUUCAGUGGGAUUUUUAACACUAUUGAUGAGAAACUAUGGACUGUACUCAAUCUGUUUAGUAACAGUG